CAUGUUUUCUUGCAGAAGUACAAAUAUGUUGCAAGGAAGAGAAUUGUCCAGCUUCAUACACCAUCAGCUGCACCCACAAUUAGUGGAACAUCCAAUUCAAAACCUAAAGUAGAAAGGGCUGGACCUCCCCUGAAGAACAUGGAGUUUGUAAUAUUGGGAAAAACCACAAGACCAAGGGAUGAGCUGAAGAAGGAAAUUAAAAAGCUCGGUGGGAAAGUUGUAACAAACAUCCAUGACAAACUUGCAGCUGUUAUUUCAACCACAGGUGAAGUGGAGAAGAUGAACAAGAAAAUGGAAGAGGUUAAAUGCUGUGAUGUACAGGUGUUACCUGAAGACUUUGUAGACGAAGCAAAGGAUGGUGAUGUUAUGGAUUUGAUUUCCAAAAAGAAUAUUUCUUCAUGGGGUUCAGAUCCCUGUAAAAGGAUAGCAGUGGAUACAGUGGACAGCACCAAGAAAUCAAAAAGUGGAAGUAA